GCAUAAAAAAAGCACAAAUAAAAAUGUUGAGAAGAGUUAUCAGCAAGUCCCUCACCUCAUUCAAAUAUAACCAAAAGCCAUACCACACCGCUUUGGCUGUUUUGUCUGAAGACAAGGUCGCCAACAAACCAUACGACAAGGAAGCUAUCAAGGUUAGAAUGAACCCAACUCCACAACCAUCACAAGAAGACCCAGAACUUGAAAACUAUUGGUUGAACUUGCCUACAGUCUUUGAAAGAGCUGUUGGUUCUGAACGUGCUGAAUUGUUGGACCCUACUCUCUUCGAUGAUCACCUUCCUGAAGUUGUUGAUAUUGAAUCCGGUGUUGGAUCAUCCCUUUUCAACCCAAUUAUUGUUGCCUCUAGAGGUGAACCAGAACGUGUUGUUGGUUGUUUGGGUGAAUGUUGGAAGGCUAACGAUAUUGACUACCAUACUACUGAUAUGCAAUUCUGGGUUAUGAAGGAAAAUACUUUCUCAGUUUGCGACGAAUGUGGUUUGAUCUUCUACUGUGCUUCUGAUGAAGUCAUGGCUCAAAUCGAAAUUUGGGAAACUCUUGAAGAAGAAAAGGCUUCUCAACAAAUUGAACAAUCUGUUGAAUAUCCACAAUUGAAUUAAAUCUAGCUUAAAUUUUGUACCAGAAACAAGGGCAUAAAAAAAAGCAAAUUAAAGACGACAGGGUGUUUCUUUAGUUCUGAAAAUUAUUAAUGUUUAAUGUUCUUCCAUUAAUAUCUUAAAUAUUUAAGUUUAAAAUAAAUUUUAGUUAAGAUAUUGCACUUUU